GCACGGGAGCCGAGGUAAACAGAGCCCUCAGGUGACCAACAGCCCUGUCCGCCUCAGCCGACCACUGCAGUCUUACUGGUCCCCCAUUCAGCAGUGAGGUAUUGUCCCUGCCCCAGGGAUUCGGAGACAUAUGUUUUCUAUAGCAAAGACAAAACAAAUGGAAAAUGAAAAUUGGAUCGGCGAUGGCUAGAAGGCCGGUGACUUCGAACGCCGAACGCCGCCCGAACAAGGAGAGGGACCGACUUCGGCGGAUGUCGUGACAGACAGUUUCAUGCUUUACCUUUGUUUUUGGUGUUUUAUCCAUUAUUGAGAAAACAGCGCAAAAGCUUAGAAAAUGGCACUAAAAAGAAAUUGGAGCACAUAUGGUCUGAAGAUAGAAUGUGGCCACACUACAUUGAUGUUGUAUCUCUGUGAGAACCUGGGCUUGUGUAGCCGAAGCCAUGCAGACCUGGUUCGUGCGGUGGUGUGCAUUUAACCAGGUCAUCACUCAGGAACUAAAGAUUGAUUCUAACUCAGUGGUUGGAUGAGUUGGAUGUGUUGUAUUAUCAAGUUGUGAUUAUUGUAAAUGGUUGAGGGUUCCUUCACUACAGUUAUAGUAUACUUAAUUAAGAGAUUAAUGACGGGUGUUUUAGGUCUCUGUACCCUCUCUGUGUGCAGAACAUGGGAAGUCAGUGGCCUUUUAAAGCUGCAGUCAUCUCUUCAAACAACCACAAAAAUGACACCCUUCCACUUGUUGUGGUAUAUAAGUCUGAGGGAUGGUGCUAAGGAUAUUCAUUCAUCUACAUUAUUUACAAUAAUUGUCAUAAAAUAAUCAUAUAUUUGGGGUUAUGAUGGGAUAAGACUUGAAUUUCUAUGAUUCAUUUAAAAGUGAAGAAAUCAAUGUAAAAAUCUCAGAUUGCACCUGUAAAAUAAAGUACAGGGUGGAUUUAGUAAUCAGAAACAUGAAUAUGGCAUGUUGUUAUUUAUUUCAAGCUUAUAUUGGUGCAAUGUGACUUUCUGUGUUGUAGUGCUUAGUACACACAUCUACUCUGGACACUCUGAAGAUGAUGAUGGUAGAUAUUUGUACACUUGAUCAAGCCUCCAUCUCUUAAUGCUUCAUCAAAUGUUUUAUUUGUCAUUUUUAAAGCUGUUUUUGGAUAAACAUAUUUUGUGUUUUGAUCGUCUCAAAAUAACAUGUGUUAAGCAAUUGAAUCAUGCUGGUUUUAUUUUUUGCAGGACAGGCAAUGGCUGUUCUGACCAAACACCCCAAAUCCUCCCAGAUAUUCAGUGGAGAAUCUGUCACUCUCAGAUGUAACAUACAGAGGGGAAAAGUCACAGACUGGAAAUACACAUGGCGCAAGGAUGAUGUGGACUCAAUCAGUAGGAAGCAUGAAUAUGAGAUCAGUGAGAUUAAGACUUCAGACAAUGGUGAAGCAUUCUGAGUGGAGUGAUGCAGUCAGACAUACAGUGACCACGUAUUAUUACUUAUUCUAGCGCAUUUAUUAUUGAGUAGGCUUUUCAGGACUUACAGUUGGCCUUUGAUGUUAUUCAAAGGCAGCUUUUCCAAUUGAAACGUGUGCUUUAUGAAAGGAAAACAAAGAUGAUGGUUUUCUCUUCCCUGAAAGUAAGGACGUGGAGUCACUUGCAGAUUUGAACUUCAACAGGCCAGAAAAUUGAUAGGGUCACCUCCUAUAAGUAUCUUGGGGUUUGGCUAGAUGAAAAGUUUUAAACAACACAUUGAUAACUUGACCAAGGAACUGAAGUUGAAAUUGGGUUUCUAUUUCAGGAACAAAUCUUGCUCUUCAAUGUUAGUCAGAAAAUAUCUUGUUCAAAAUACUUUUUAAUCAAUGCUGGAUUAUGGUGAUAUUGUCUAUAUGCAGGCCUCUGGCCACUGUGUAUCAUGGUGCUUUAAGAUUCAUGACAAAUGCUCGACCACUUACCCAUCACUGUGAUUUUUAUGCCAUGGUGCAAUGGACCUCUUUCUCCACCAGGAGGCUAAAGCAUUGGUACACUUUAGUGUACACAGCAUUGAUGGGACAACUCCCUUUGUUCUUUACUGACCAGAUCAGUCACUCAAUAUUGUCUUCAUUCAAAGUCGCUGCUGUCCUUGUCUGUUCCUAAGGCCAGAACUGAGAUAGGGAAAAUAUAUUUUUCCCAUAAUGCCCCUUCUUGGAACAUGCUUCAGAAGAUUUUAAAGUUAGGGGAGUUAGUGUCCUUGUCUGUUUUAAAGACUGAUCGACAACACUGUUUGUGACAACUGCAGUUGUUUCUAAUCUUCAAUUGUAUCUUCAACUUGUGACGUUUUGUCUUAUGUGUGUAUUCUGUUUUUAUCUGUAAUGUUUAAUGGACACGCUGCUAUUUCCCUGUUUUGCCUUCUUGACAGGUCGCCCUCGCAAAAUAGGUUUUUAACCUCGACGGAUUUUACUUGAUUAAAUAUAGCUCUGCCUACAGCGUCUGUGAAGAUAGUCACUACUCAGGAGCCACUGUACUCCGGAGACACUGUCAAGCUGCAGUGUGAACUAUGGACAUACCGCUGGUUAAUAAAUAAAGAACGGCUUUCCAGUCAGACCAGUAAAACCACCACCAUCUCUCUCUCUGACCAGGCUGGUCAGUACCAGUGUGAGGGGACAAGGACAGGACCCAAAAUUCAUAACUCAGCUCAUCUCUCCACAUCAACUUCACUGUUGGCCCUCUGAUCCUGGAGAGCCCUGCCUAUCCCAUAACUGAGGGAGACUCUGUGACUCUACGCUGUACAAAUAGAUAUCAGGAAACAAACCCGAACCCCAAGGUUGAUUUCCACAAAGAUGGAGUACUCAUCAGGAAUGAGACCACAGGAGAGAUGACCAUCCCUGUAGUAUCCAAGUCAGAUGAAGGAUUCUAUAAGUAUACAUCUAAUGAAGGAGAAUCACCAGAGAGCUGGGUGACAGUGAGAGGUGUAGGUGUUCCUCUGAUCAUCAACAAGAGAGUGGGGGACUCCGUGGAGCUGCAGGCAGUCUUAGAGACGGGACAUUUCAAAUCCUUGGAGUGGAAGUAUAUGGGAAAGGAUAUUGCAGAAUUCAAUUCAGAUGUUGUAUAUUCACCUGGAUCCCAGUUUGAGGGGAGACUAAAGAUGAACACCAAAAACCUCAGUUUAACAGUCAGAGAACUGACACUGCAAGACUCAUGGGAUUUUCUACUUACAGUUGAAGGGGACAAAGGUCAGAUUGGCAGUAAGACCAUCACUCUGAAGGUCCACGAGCCUAUAUCCAAGGUGGCGAUCCAGACAGACAUCAAGCUAUUGGCCAACCACUCCUGUACGGUACGGCUGGUGUGUAACGUGUCCUGCUACCCCAACCUUACCUACACCUGGGAAAGAGACAAUGAGAUCUACGGGGACGCCCAGCAGAUUUACUUCUCUCUCUCUCUCACACCAGCAAAGAGAAACAUCAAUGUGAAGUGCAACGCCUCCAACCUAGUCAGUUGGAAAACUGCCUCUGCGACAGUAAAGUGUAGAAAUGACACAAACCACCCCAGGACGGGUGUGGUAAACCAUCUACAUCGGAAUAUCAGUAGGAGGCGCUGUGGUGCUGAUCCUCACUUUAGCUGUGGCAGUGUGCUACUGCAGGGGCCGAAGUAACACAGCAGAUCUACCUGACAACACAAUAUAUGCUGAUGUUAUGGACAACACAAGAAGUAGAGAUACAAGAUCAAACAGUCAUGUAAACCCAAUAUCCAUCUAUGAAACUGUCAAUGAUCUGGUUAUCCCAAGAUUGAACAAGUGACAUGAAAGAUUGUGCUGAACAUGUCAACAUGACCAGGCCUAACUCCUGGACCCUCUACAUCAGUCCUAGUAGGAGUGGUUGUGGGCCUGGUUGUUGCUGGUGUUCUACUGGCCAUUCUCCUGGUACUGCUGUGUCGAUAUAAAAAUGGUAAAGGCCCCACCAGCUCCACAUGUAUUAUUCACGUUUCCUUAUAAUGGCCUGUACUUUUACAAUAUAUUUGCAUUGUGCUUUUUUAAUAAACUAUUUCUUUAUCCA